AUUGAAGAAGAAAACGCAGUUAAGAAACAACCAACAUCUUUCAUCCUUCCUGUUUCAACUUCAGAAGUGGGUCGUCGUUUCGUGUCUAUUUAGACUUAAAAAUGCGUUACGUCGCUGCUUACCUGUUGGCUGUACUGGGUGGAAACACCAGCCCCAGUGCUAAGGACAUCAAGGGCAUCCUGGGCAGCGUGGGCAUAGAGGCAGAUGACCAGCGCCUGAAUAAGGUUAUCAGUGAGCUGAAUGGUAAAGACAUCAAUGAAGUCCUGAAUGCAGGAAUGUCCAAGUUGGCCUCCGUGCCAGCAGGGGGCGCUGUGUCAGUGGUUGCAGCUGGUGCCUCUGUAGCUGCUGCUCCCGGGGCCGUUCCUGCUGCGGAAGAGAAAAAAGAGGAGAAGGAGGAGUCGGAGGAGUCUGAUGAAGACAUGGGCUUCGGUCUCUUUGAUUAGAUCCUUCUGACCUUUUGUUUAAAAAACAAUUUGCUUUUCUACCUUUUUGUUAUCUUAGGAAUAAAAAGAUCUUAUCCUUUGUACAUUUAAAAAAAAGCAAUAAAAAAACUUUG